AUGGCGACACAAGGCAAGCAAAGAAGCAUUUGGAAGGAAAAAACAGGGCCAUCUCUUUCCUCUCCUCGCCAUACCCGAAAACCACAACCCACCGGUAAUAAGUCUGUUCCUAAAUCACAAAACAAUGCCAAGCAUCGACCAGGGAUUGUUCUUCUUGGUACGAAAUCAUCUCCGACAAUCAACAACAAUAGUAGUAUGAGAUAUGCCGAUGUAUUAAAGGGCUCUAGUUCUACGUUUUCGUUGCCUAAAACAGAGGAAACAACCCCGGUCAAGGAACUCUUUCUUCCAUCUGAUUUUCCGGUUAUUAGCGCUGAAAAAAAGAAUCCUAAUCAUCUUAAGAGAUUUAAAGAAGAAAAGAAUGAGAAAGGAAUUGAAGAUAUUAGAGUUGAGUCUACUAAACAGCACAAAGAAGAACUUGUAGAUGAAAAUAUUGAUGAGAAUCAUACCUUUGUAAUCGUUGAUUCUAAUGAACAACGAGAAAGAGACAAAGAAGAAGAAUCGGUUAUGGAUGAGAAUGUAAUCAAUGAAGAAGAACAAAGUAUUAUGAUUGAUGGGGAGGGAUACUCUGGACAAGAACAACAACAACAAAACCAUGAUAAUGAAGAGGAGAAGUUCUUGAAACCAACGGAAAUAUUGAAAUUAAUGAAAGCGAAAUCAAUAGAGAAGGAUGUUGCAUUGACGCCGACAAUAAAACAGGUGAUUCGUUGCAGCAACAGCACGACCAACAACAAUAACCGACCCGUGGUUAAGAAGGAAGCUGCGACAUCAGUUGCGGCAUACAAUGAAGUGAUUGAGGAAACUGCUAGCAAGUUGAUAGCAGAGGAGAAUAGGAAUAAGGUUUUGGCAUUGGUUGGGGCUUUUGAAACUGUUAUAUCUCUUGAGAAUGAAGGAAUUAAUGAAUAG